AUGGAUUCUGUGAAGAGCAACUUGACGCCUCGCGCGUCGUCGCUGGACACAAGUGGCGCGCCUCGGUCCGAGGAUGCCAUGUUUGCGCAAGUGGGAACUCUGACACGGGCUCAGGCCGCCUUCGCCUUCCGCGUCCGAGCGCUGAAGGGGCUGUGUGACGUCGCGAUGACACUCCCCACUGCGUUCGACUCCUUUCUAGACGGCGAAAACAUCAGUGGUCUUGUUCUCAUGACGGACGUGAUCGGGUACGGAAGAUGUUGCGUUUGUAUCCUUCGCAUUUAUAUAUUUAUAAGAAUGAUGAGAAACGUUCGUUCUCACGAUGGUCUUCUGAAUGUCUAACGACGCUGGAGACAACACAACUAACCCAGCUCUCUGACAGACAUUCCUCUACUAUAAGUCCGUGGUGUUGAUUGAUCACACUGUCUAGUCGUCGAUUACAGAUUCAUCACCCUUUCCCUCUCUGUUUUUUUGAUAGUACAUUGAUGGGGAUGCGGCGACGCGAUUAGGUUUGUUACCUCAAGAUGUAGCUCUCACUCAUUUCGUGCACUGUUCUCUCCUCUUCAAAGCUUUACCUAUGCCGAGCACUAGCACAAGGACACGAACACGAAAAGAGCAUCAUGAUACAACUCAACAUAUGGAAGAAAUGAGUAUAUCGGGCGUAGCUACUACAUGGGAAAGUACAAGGAUAUUGUCCAUUCUGUGUAUCUGGUAACGUAUGUGAAUGAAGCCGUAUGGCCUCGCAGUCGAU